UUCUCACUCACUCGUCCUCUUGCCUUCACUCUGUAGACUGUGGUCCUUUAACAGUUUAUCCUUCCUCAUCUUCUUGAAGGUGUUUGUGGCUAUGAUGGCUCCUCAGCAGAUGCAGCAACUCCUUUCCUCCAACCAGCUGCAGGCUCUCAUUCACCAGAAGCAACAAGCCCUUCUGCUCCAGCAGCAACAUCUGAAAGAGUUUUACAAGAAGCAACAACAGAUUCACCUGCAGCUGCUUCAACAAAAGCCCAGCAAGAAAGUCAAAGAGCUCCCUGCACAGCAGCUUGUGUUCCAGCAGCUCCUCCAGCAGCAGCAGCUCCUCCGGGUGCAGAGACCCGUCCUGUCCUCCCCCGCCCUCUCUCCAGCUGGUUUUAGCCCUGCAAAGAUGCAGCAGAUAUGGAAAGAGCUCACAAACGGAAUAUCUGAAGAUAAAACCACAUCGAAAGGCAAUCAGGACUCUUCUGCUAACAAUAUAAUGUCAACAAAAGUCACAGGGAGGCCAACCGGUGACCAGCAGUCGUCUUCUCCUCGCAGGGCACAAUGUGCUGUCAAAGCUGAUCGCGCUGCCGCACACGCUCUCUAUGGUCACGGUGUGUGUCAUUGGCCCGGAUGUGAGUCGGUGUGUGAAAACUUCAGCGAGUUCAUCAAGCACAUAGGCAGCGAGCACACUCUGGAUGACAGAAAUACAGCACAGUGCAGAGUCCAGAUGCAGGUGGUUCAGCAACUUGAGCUUCAGCUCUGCAAAGAACGGGAGCGUCUCCGAGCAAUGAUGGCUCACCUGCAUCUGCCAUCUUUAGAAUCUCAGUUGAUCUCUGCACCCGCAAGUCUACAGUUGCCACAAUCUGAUACGGCUGCUGACCCACACGGUCUUCAGGUCAGCUUAGACGCUGGCCCCAACAACCUGGCCUCGCCGAGCCCGUCAGAUUCCCCACAACCGCUGGCCUCUGUCAGCACUCCAUCCCAGGGGAGUGAAGAAGAGUGUGCUGGGGCCAUAAGAUGUCGUCAUCACCCUUUGGUCUACUCCCUGUCUUCCGAAAAUGAAUAUGAGCUCUACAAGAACACCGAUAUCAGACCACCUUUCACCUACGCAACACUGAUAAGACAGGCUAUUAUGGAAACAUCAGACAUGCAACUAACACUCAACGAGAUAUACAACUGGUUCACACGGACAUUUGCUUAUUUCAGACGCAACGCCGCCACUUGGAAGAACGCAGUGCGCCACAACCUGAGCCUGCACAAGUGUUUUGUGCGUGUGGAGAAUGUGAAAGGUGCAGUGUGGACAGUAGAUGAGGUGGAAUACCAGAGGAGGAGAUCCCAGAAGAUCCCAGGGAGUCCAUUGCUGAUGAAAAAUGUGUCCUCCAGCCUUGAUUUUGGGACUGUUCUGAAUGCCAGCUUACAGACGGCACUGGCUGAGGCGUCACUGCCAGGAUUCAAGAAGGCGUGUGUGAGUAGAAGCUCCAUGAGUCAAACACUGGAGAACAAAGCAACAAACAGCAACAGUAAACAAAACUUCUCUCCACGAGUCCAGCAGUCUCUUUUCCUUAAAGGCGAAGCACUGAAUCUGAAUGACCAAGACUCUCUGAUGGCCACAGUAAAGCCAGCCAUGACUGAAGAUUAUGAAGAACAUUCGUUUGACCCUGAAUGACAAGAGAACGGUUUCAAACACUCUGCCAAGGCGAGCCCUCUUACAAUGUUAAUGCAGUGCGAAGUUCUCACCAAAAUAUCUUUUGAUCAAAUACACAAAAUGGAGAUAUUCAGAAUUGUGGUUCAUCAUAUGGUUCAACUAUAUUAUAUUGAUUUUGUUGACAUGUCUGCAGCAGGCCACUUUUUCUUUUGAUAUGUCAACCUUAAAGAAAAGAAAGGGGAAUAUAGUGCCACCUGUAGUACAUACAAUGACAAAGAAAUAUUACAGUUAAAUAAGAGAUUCAAUGUAUUUAAAGCCAAACUGUUGCUCACAUUUGAACUACCCAGAUAAUAAAAAUGAAUGACAUUUUUUUCAACCUGGCCAAGAAAAGUGCAUCAUGACAAGAAUCAAAAUAGAGGAGAAUGAACACAAUCAAAAAGACGAGUUGGGAUCUGAUAGUUUGGGGGAAACGGUGUCUUUUUCACCAUGAAGAAAUCCCACACUUUUAAAUGAUACGAUCCAAAGGCCAAAGGACAGACAUAUUUCUUACAGUAUGUUGUAGAGAAGGAAUGUUUUGUCUGUUUUUGUGAUAGUUAAAAACAGUGAAUGCUACAUUACAGCAAAGAGAGAGCUGUUUUCUGUUGAUGAAAUAUUUAAAAACAUGUAUAGUCUGUACUGUGGCUUCUCUCUGUUGUCUUUGAAAAUCAGCCUGCUGAAAUGUGUUUUAUCAAUGUCAAUUCGUCUUGUGUGUUUACCUGUUUCCCUGUAUGUAACUUAUGUAUUUAAUACAUCACUGUCACAGAAAUAAAGAUUCCAAACAUUCCACUUUUAUAACAUUGUGAGGGUAUUUACAUUAGAUGCUGUGCUUGUCUGUAAUUGUAUGCCCAACGUGUCGGAUUACAAUGUAAUAAUAAAUAUAUGUAAACCUGA